AUGACGUUGAAGAUAAGGCUCGCGCGUCUCGGUUGCAAACACCGACCCUUCUAUCGUAUUGUCGCUGCGAAUGACAAAUCCAGGAGGGACGGGAAACAGAUCGAGGUUUUAGGAUUUUAUGAUCCACUGCAAGGAAAAGAGGAUGCGAACAGAGUGAGUCUCAAAUUCGACAGAAUCAAGUACUGGCUAUCGGUUGGAGCUCAACCAACAGACUCAGUCGAGAACAUGCUCUUCAGGGCCGGUUUGAUUCCUCCAAAGCCUAUGGUUGUUGUAGGUUCCAAGAAUGGACAGCAAUCCACCAACCUCCAUCUUUCACCCAUUACAGGUGAGAUCUUGAACUAG